AUGAUCGACCCAGCCAUUUUCGAGAACCUGCAGACCAAGAUUGACGAGGAGACCUUUGUGCGUGAUGAACUGCACGAAAUAGUGCAGACACUUGCUAGAAAAGGACGAACGACACAAGCAAUCCUCUCCCGAGCCCAUUCAACCCCGACCAGAGACUUGAAAUCCGUCCUAGACGACGCCGCAAACCAAAUCCUCGCGCAAAAAGAAGACAUUUCGCGAUUGGCACAGUUGGCGAACAAGCACCCAUUUUACAAAUAUAAUGGCGUCUGGUCGCGCGAGUUACAGAACUUGGUAUACUACAUCGAACUGUGUGCGUGGCUAGGCGGGUUAUCCGAGUAUAAGACUUCGUCCAAGGCUUCGUUCUUGACGAUUGAAGAGAUUGGAAGUUUCCUUGAAGUCCCCGUCAAUCUCAAAGACGAAGACAAAUUCCACCUCACCAUCGAAGAAUACCUGCUCGCCCUGAUUUCGAUGGUUGAAGAGCUUUCGCGUCUGGCCGUGAACUCGGUCACCUUGGGCGAUUAUCAUCGUCCUCUUGAGAUUAAUAAUUUCAUCAAGGAUUUGUUCGCGGGCUUUCAGUUGCUCAACUUGAAGAAUGAUAUACUGCGGAAGAGGAGCGAUGGGAUAAAGUACUCGGUUAAAAAGGUGGAGGAUGUCGUGUACGAUCUGUCGCUGAGAAAUCUAAUUCCAAAGGCGUGA